UUCAUCACAACAACAAACCACUUCUGUUGAGAGACACGCACUUGAGAUAACACUUUCUACAUCUUAUUUGGACGAUAAACCUGAGAGAUUUGAGCAAAAAUGGCUGACAAGGAUCUGUUGUACCCCAGCUUUGCCAGAGAGAAGAGCAGACACAAGAAGAAGAGGCUGGUGCAGAGUCCCAACUCCUUCUUCAUGGAUGUCAAAUGCACAGGCUGUUACAGGAUAACCACCAUCUUCAGUCAUUCCCAGACAGUUGUACCCUGUUCAGGCUGCUCAUUAAUCCUUUGCCAACCAGGAGGGGGGAAAUGCAGACUAACAGCAGGUUGUGCUUUCAGAAGGAAAUACUCCUGAGCAGAAAUGUGCAAAACAUCCACAAAGCAGCACAAUUGAAGAAUGGACCAUGUGAAAACUGAAUCCGAGCCUCACACUCCAUGAUGUCUAAUCCUUAGUAGGGAAAUGUAUCUAUCUGAGGGCAGGGCAAUGAGAAGAAAAUCUAACAUCACUAUAUUUCUGACCAGAUACCUCGACAUCAAUAUCGCGACAAUACUGAGUGAUUGAUUACUUUUGCUUUUACAGAAGUUUUUGAUAGAUCAAGUUUCUUUCAAAAGUCUCAAAAAUGCUAGGAUUUAUGGAUCUCUUUUUUCAGACAUUGCAUUGUGAAAUCUCAAAAUUAUUGGUAACAUCUGUUAAUUAUUUUUUUUAAAUUUGACAUCAGGCAGAUCAGGAUAGAGGAACCAAAAACACUCAAAUACAUUUACCACAUCCAAUUAAAUGAAGAAUGACCUUUUUUCAAGGCAAACCAAACUGAUACUUUUAUCAUAUAAUGCUCAUUGUUUUUCAUGUUUCACCCUAGACAGAGUGAAUUUUUUUCAGCAUUUGAAGUCGAUAAUCUAUUUGACUUGACCAAAAACAAAGUCAACAUUUAGGCAAAAUUGUCCCUGAAGUUUUGGCUAUUGUAAAAUUGGUCUUCAAUUUUACGUUCAGAGGCAAUAAAAUCUUAAAAAGUCUUAACUCUAACUCGAUCUAAGCCGCAGGGAUCCUGUAAAUAAUCAUCAGUAAUGUGGCUAUAAAGAAAAAAUAAUAGAACAGUCUGGAAAGUUCAGACAUGAAAUAGCUUUACUGAAAUUCAACCUUUAAAACCAAGAAAAAAAACCCCCACAUUACUAUGACAUCCAAAAUCUGAGACAAUAUCAAGUCUCAUAUCACAUACUAAUAUAAUGUCGAUAUAUUGCCCAGCCCUAUAUAUCCAUAUAUCUUGAUAUUGAUAUAUGAUAUUGAUAUUGUAUCUAUAUCAGAUCGAUAUUUUGAAGCACUACAUAUAGAGUACUUUUGGCUACUUCUUUUGAAUAAGUAAAACAUGUACUGAAAUCUUUAAAAUGCACAAAAACGGUCCAAUGGUUCAUGGUUUCUGUAAAACAUUUAUUAGGUUGACAUAGAGGGGGAUAGGUGAAUGAAAAAUAUUUCAAAAUGGUCUCAAUUGCGUGUGAGGCUCUUUUCAUGGCCCUGGCAUGAGAUGAAACCAUGUUGACCAUCACAAACAAAAAUAAAAACAUUUUAAGAAUUUAUUGUCUGUGUUAUGUGUGUUCUUUGGUCUUGAGAGUUCCCCUGGCAAAAAGAAGUGGUGUAAAUGAAACAAAACAAAAAAAUCAAAGCAAUACAAUUUCUCAUAUACCUAACAUUAUUCUGCUAUAUACAAUAAGUAUCCAUGGAUGAUAAAACUUGAAUUGAGCUUCCAGUGGUUUGGUGUUUAGCUCGUCCAUGUAAUUCAACAUAUUGUAAAUUUAGUUAAUAUUGGCUACAUUAUGGCAUAUUGUUGGCAAUGAUGCUUUAUGUGUCUACAGGCAGGCGAGCUUAGGGAAAGGUAGUGCAGCUUACAAAUGCACGUCACUGCUUGAUACUGUACAUGCACAGCUCUCAGGUUCUGCAGAUUCCCACACUGAAAAUAGAGGAGACAAAAAAUGCACAUAAAUACUCGUGCAUCGUAGGCCCCGGGGUAGUCGAGGAUUGGCAAAAGAGGCGUUACUUUUUAAUCAAAUGUAAGGGAGCCUGGAGCAGUAUUUGCCUUAACCUGUUUAUCAAUGAAGCCUUUCCAUAAGUUCACCAUGCUGUUCAAACACGCAUAGUACAGCAUGAUCAGAAAAACAAGACUGUUGACUAAACUUCAUAUCACCACUGGGUGGCACUUCAGAGCCGCACUAAUGCAGGCUGAGCAAAACCCAACACAUCUGUAGCACAUGUAUUAACCCUUUGAAACUUGGGCAUAUUGGCUUGAUUUCUCUAC